AUGGGGGAGGACGGUGCUAAGGAUGUUGGGCCCGGAAUAAAGCCCGAUGUCAACUUUCAAGAUUCAAAUGUUUCUAGUUCAGCGGGCCAAUACGCACUUCAGCCUGCUAGUAAUCAAGCGAGCAAUGGGGCAGGGUCGUCCAAGAACAACCAAUCCCCCAGGACGGGCCCGCAGGCCUCCCAGUCCAGAAACUUCGAGUUCGUGCUAGUUACGGAUAAUGAGUCUCGGCGUCAGGUACGCCGUCAUGCUAUGCGUCAAUAUAUGCAUCAGCGGCGCUUGGACAGCAUUGCUCGCCUAGGAGCAUCUCGUAUACCUGUUGGUGGUUGGACCACCCGUUCUCCCUCCGACACUCAUGUAUCAGACACCUCUUCCCGCGUGGAAGAGGUGCAAGAGGAGACUUAUGCAAAUGUGAAGGCAGAAUCUCCGACUAAGACCGAAGAUCAAAAUAACACCGAACAUAUUAGAAGACCCUCGCGGUUGCUGAUACCAAAACUGCACAAGGUUAAACGUGAAGAGGAGACUUCUCCUCCGAUUGCUGAACUCGCGACGUCUGACCCUCGCGCGUCUCCUGGGGAAGGAGGCAGGCGAGAUCCCUUUAGCUGCUACCCGAUCUCGGUUAGCCAUGUGGAUCAUGAACUGAUCCAGCACUACUCGAUGGGUCAUCAUGAUGGGACUAUCUACGCUGUUGCUACUAUGGCAGUUAUCGAGGCGAUAUAUGGUACUUCGCUGCCUUGGUCUGGAACAUUACCGGACAGUCCUCCCACUGGACUUGAUUUUGUCGACACCGACAUUCAUUUUGCUAUCCCCCAUCAUUUCGCAACAGAAGAAGGUGCAGAAAGCCUCUGUGACCAACUCCGGGCAUGUGAAGAUUUCUUAAGAUUUUUUCGCCGCCUUCAUGAACUGGAAUACACUGCACUUGAGUCACCUUCUAUCAUGGUAUCUAGCAAUGCCGGUCACCGCAACAAGCGCUUUGGCCCCGGCACCCAGUUAUAUUCGAUCCUCACUAUGCUCCCAGACUACGACCAUGGGAUCCGCGAUGUGCGGUUCAUUGACGAAUUCACAUGCAUGUCAUGUCUCUUCUUCCUCGCUGUUGCGUUAUACGAUUGUUACUUAACAUCCUCCAACUUCGACCGGUACCUUGACUGGCUGGACCUGGAGAUAAAAAGGCUCAAUCCUUAUACGAACCCCAGUAUUACUUCUGUAUUAUGGCUUUUCCUCAACAACGGUGGCUAUUCAAACGACCAUGCUGGCGAUGCAGGAGAGAGAUGCUGGAUCGUCUCCCGAAUGAUCCGCAUCGCCAAACGUCUGGAAUGGAAACGCCACGGGACAAGCUGGGACCGUCUCCGACAAGUUUUGAUAGAUUUUAUUCUAACACAACAAGAAUGCGCCCUUGGAACAGAUCAAGUCAAUGAAGAAGCCCUCGCGGCUCGACAGCAGAAGCGCCGGCGAUCGGCUGAAUACUUCUGGAGUGAGGACGAAAUGCGCGAAGAUAUUCUGGACUUUGAUCUCAGAUCUUUCACGCCAUAUUCAGAGACAAAUGUACCAAUCCUUACAUGA